UUCGACACUGUGUCCGACAGGUUUAUUAUUGUCCUCCGGUGAGCAAAACCACUGUUCGUGAAGACAAGCUCCACUUCACCCGUACAGAUCUGCUUCUGUGUUCUGGAUUCUACUCAAAAUGAAGAUCAGAGUUCUCAACCAUCGAUCAAGAUUCAUAUCUGCAAAGCUAUAUAGCUCAAGCGGACAAGUCACUGAUGUUGCAGAAGUAACAAAGAAGAUAUCCAAAGUAAUGAUGUCUUCUCCCCAACAGGUUCUCGAAUCAGCACUAGACCAAACCGGCUUAAGGGUUUCACCAGAAGCAGCAGAAGACGUCCUGAACCGGUUCAGGAACGCCGGUCUGCUAGCGUACAGAUUCUUCCAGUGGUCCGAGAAGCAGCGCCACUACGAGCACAGCGUCCGCGCCUACCACAUGAUGAUCGAGUCCACGGCCAAGAUCAAGCAGUACAAGCUCAUGUGGGACCUCGUCAACUCGAUGAGGAAGAAGAAGACGCUGAACGUGGAGACGUUCUGCAUCGUGAUGAGGAAGUACGCGAGGGCGGGGAAGGUGGACGAGGCCGUCUACGCGUUUAACGUGAUGGAGAAGUAUGACUUGCCGCAGAACCUAGCGGCACUCAACGGUCUGUUGAGCGCCUUGUGCAAGUCCAAGAACGUGAGGAAAGCUGAGGAGAUCUUUCAGAAGACGAGGGAGAGGUUUACCCCUGACUCGAAAACUUAUAGUAUAUUGCUUGGUGGGUGGGGGAAGGAGCCUAACUUGCCGAAGGCGAGAGAGGUUUUUAGAGAGAUGGUCGACGCGGGUUGCGAGCCUGAUGUGGUUACUUACAGUACAAUGGUUGAUAUACUGUGUAAAGCUGGAAGAGUCGAUGAAGCUCUUGGAGUUGUGAGGAGCAUGGAUCAAAGUAUCUGCAAGCCGACGAGUUUCAUCUAUAGCGUGCUUGUGCAUACUUAUGGAACAGAGAAUAGGCUUGAAGAGGCGGUUGAUACGUUUCUAGAGAUGGAGAGAAAUGGGAUAAAACCAGACGUGGCGGUUUUCAACUCGCUGAUUGGCGCGUUCUGCAAGGAGGGUAAGAUGAAGAAUGUGUAUAGGGUUUUGAGAGAGAUGAAGAGUAAAGACGUGACGCCAAACUCUAAGUCGUGUAACAUCAUCCUACGACACUUGAUAGAGUGCGGUGAGAGAGACGAAGCGUUUGAUGUGUUUAGGAAGAUGAUCAGAGUGUGUGAGCCUGAUGCGGACACGUACACGAUGAUGAUAAAGAUGUUCUGUGAGAAGAGAGAGAUGGAGACUGCUGAUAAAGUGUGGAAGCGGAUGAGGAAAAAGGGUGUGUUUCCGAGUAUGCAUACCUUUGCGGUUCUUAUUAACGGGUUGUGCGAGGAGGGUGAUACUCAGAGGGCUUGUGUUUUGUUGGAGGAGAUGAUUGAGAUGGGGAUUAGACCGUCGGGUGUGACGUUUGGGAGAUUGAGACAGUUGCUUUUAAAAGAAGGUAGGGAUGAUGUGAUCAAGUUUCUUAAUGAGAAGAUGAAUCUUUUGGUUAACGAGCCUUUGUGUGAUUGACAAGUACGUCUAAGAACAGCUGGUUUCUAAGCGUUGGUGGACAUGUUUGGUUAUGGAUGAUUUAUUGAUUGGCUCAGGAUCCAUUUCAAUUGUUGUAAAGUUGUUAUUGAAGUUGAAACCAGCGAACUGUUACGGUUUAGAUACAUGUGAGAUGUUAAGAGACAAUACAAACCAUUUGCUGUGCCCAGUGACACGAAAAUUACUCCGUUUCAAAAGGGUCCAUAAUUUAGAAGAAAAAAAAUUGUUUA